UUUUUUUUUUGAUGAUGAUAUUCCCGAAGUUGUGUCUUUAUCAUCCCUAUGAUAACUUUACCUGUGUUCACUCUAUCAAAUGCCUCUCAUAUGUACCAUUGGCUUCAAAAAAAAAAUCAUUUACUAUCACUGAUCCUCUUUUAUUCUUUCUCACUCAACUUCCUCUGAAGGAAUCAAAGUCUUUACAAUUAGCUUUAUCUUGGUUUGUUUGUUGGCCCAACAAGUUUGUGCCAUUUUAUAUGAAAUGGAUUAUCUAUUUUAUCAAACACUUUACUCUUCUCUUUUCAAACUAGUAUAUUAGUUGCUCUUGUCGUAGAAUAGUAUAGUAUAGUAUACUCAUCAUGGUUUUGAUUUCUUCUUUUCUUUUGCUUUUUUUAAACUGGCCAAGACGAUACAGCAUAAUUAAAUUACUUAUGCGCUUAUUGGCCAUUUUUUAUUUAAGCUAUUUUGUGCACAUUGAUCGGAUAUUUAAAACCCAUUGUUCAAUAUACUAUUUGAACUUCCCUCCUCUCUCUCUCUUUUUUUUUUACAUUGUGUCGCCUUAUAUAAGGGGUUAUUGAUAUUACUGAUCUGGGCAAUCCAGUUGAAUACUACAACGUGCUCACACCUAUUAUGUAAUACCUUUUUAUUUAAUCGCAUCGUAUCAUUUGUCCUAUUUAUAUGACAUUAGAAUAUGUUACAAUAAGUACAACGUUUAUGGUUCUUUGAACAAAAAAA